AACCAAAAAAUCCCAAAGAAUAUAUUAUGAAAAAUGAUUAUUAUGAACAAGAAAAUAAAGAGAAAAAAUUUCUAUAUUCAAGAAAAUGUGUAUCAAAGAAAAAAAAAAAAACAUGUUCCCUCUACUUUGCUUAUUGCUUAUUAUCCUGAGAGUGAAAGCAUAAGCAAAAGAAGAGAAUUCCAUGGAUGAUAAAUUGCCAUAAAUUUUUAUAUAGUUCUUCAGUUUCAUUAUUAUCAAAAAACAUAUAUAGCACCAAUGUCUAUAAGUGGUUUAAUUUCCAACAGAAACUUCACUUCUUUCAUUGCUUCAGGAAAUGUAUAUCAAUUGAGAAAAGAUCUAUCACUUCAAAGAGGGAGCAUUUCUGGCGUGCAACGUGGUGGACAAAUUCCAAACAAUCCUUUUGCAAGAAGCAGAAGCAAUAUUGAACAAAGAGCUGUAUAUGGACUAGGAGUAAGAAAGCUUAGUAAGGUAAAUAGAGCUUGUGUUCAUUACAGGUCAGAGGAAUAUGACAUUGAUGAAACAAAGGUGGAUCCCGUGGUAUCUGAUGAAGGAACAAGGGAAGAAGUUCUUUCGGAAGGAAAUGGUGCACCGUUAUCUCCUUGGUGGAAGCAGCUUCCUAAGCGCUGGCUUAUUGUAUUACUAUGUUUUACAGCGUUUCUUCUAUGCAACAUGGACCGUGUAAAUAUGAGCAUAGCUAUACUUCCAAUGUCACAAGAGUUUAACUGGAACAGUGCAACAGUUGGCUUAAUUCAAUCAUCUUUUUUCUGGGGCUAUCUACUUACUCAGAUUCUUGGUGGCAUAUGGGCAGACAAACUUGGUGGGAAGGUAGUGCUAGGUUUUGGCGUUGUAUGGUGGUCAAUGGCAACAAUUUUAACACCUAUUGCUGCAAGAAUUGGGCUCCCUUAUUUGCUAGUUAUGCGCGCCUUUAUGGGAAUUGGUGAGGGUGUAGCCAUGCCUGCCAUGAAUAAUAUACUGUCCAAGUGGAUUCCAGUUUCGGAGAGAAGCCGAUCACUUUCACUGGUAUAUAGUGGCAUGUACCUUGGUUCUGUGGUAGGUUUGGCAUUCUCACCUUUCCUAAUCCAAAACCUUGGCUGGCCAUCCGUGUUUUACUCAUUUGGAUCCCUUGGAAGUAUCUGGUUUGCCUUUUGGUUGAGAAAAGCAUAUAGCUCACCAAAAGAUGAUCCGGAUCUCAGGCCUGAGGAAAAAAGGCUCAUUCUUGAUGGCGGCGUAUCAAAAGCACCAGUUUCGGACAUUCCAUGGAAAUUAAUUUUAUCAAAAGCACCAGUUUGGGCUCUUAUAAUCUCUCAUUUCUGCCACAAUUGGGGGACAUUUAUUCUAUUAACAUGGAUGCCUACUUAUUACAAUCAGGUUCUGAAGUUCAACCUCACCGAAUCUGGUCUCUUAUGCGUUCUUCCGUGGUUAACCAUGGCUAUUUUUGCAAAUAUCGGAGGGUGGAUAGCUGACUCGUUAGUUAGCAAAGGCGUUUCCAUAACAGCUGUUCGAAAGAUCAUGCAAUCGAUCGGGUUUCUGGGUCCUGCCUUUUUUUUGACACAACUAAGCCAUGUCAAAACACCUGCCAUGGCAGUAUUGUGCAUGGCGUGCAGUCAGGGAUCUGAUGCAUUCUCACAAUCUGGUCUUUAUUCCAAUCACCAAGACAUUGGACCGCGCUAUGCUGGCAUAUUGCUAGGACUAUCGAACACCGCAGGUGUGCUUGCAGGUGUCUUUGGCACAGCUGCAACUGGAUACAUACUCCAAAGAGGUUCUUGGAAUGAUGUGUUUAAGGUUUCUGUUGCAUUGUACAUAAUAGGCACAUUGGUAUGGAAUAUCUUUUCAACUGGGGAGAAGAUUCUUGACUAAAGAGUGUGAUGAUGUCAAGGAAGGUGUGGCAUAUAUUUAGCAACAGAGAUAUAAAAACAAUGAUCAUAUGACCAAACACAUAAAGUUAUACACCUUCUGAAGUAGAAAAAGAGAUACCAUGGAAGUUUUCACCAAAAACCGUGGCCUUUAUUUUAACUUCUCACCUUUUGUAACAAAAAAAAUUAUAUAAAAAAAAAAACUCUGAAGUGAGUUUGCAUGUAAAGUAAGCAAAAAGGUAUGUCUACACUAAGAUUUUAGUGAGAUGAAAUUACAAUACAUUUCAAAUCAAUAUUAGGAGACCUUAUUUAUUUUACAGCCAAACUCACUUUAUAAAAACAUGUUGCUCCUUUGCAAA